CAGUUUUCUUUUUGUUGUUCAACUUACAGUUUGUCAAUAACUAUGCAUAACAACAACAACAACAAUUUUGUGUUUAAUUGCUUCUGUUUGGUAAAUCCGAAGGCACUUGAUCGAAGAGCUGCGUUAUUGAAAGUAGAUAAGCUAGUCGCUGGACAUAAUGCAGAUGAUAUAGCAGAAACCGUUCUCUUGAACAUAUUGCGAGGGGAUAUUGCUAGUUUGCAGGCGUGUACUCUCCUAAUGCAUAUUCGUGGGUUUGCCCGUGAGUUCAUCAAAGAUUUGGAAAGAAUAAGGUUGGAGCUGAUAACUGAAAAUUGGAUUCAAAGAAUCGCAGCUAAAGAAAUCAAACAAAGAGAUGAACUUUCAAGUGCAAGGAUCUAGACCAAGAAACUUUAAUACUUUGAUCAGACUGGAACCAGUAAGGCUUGCGUGAGGUUCACAAGGAGGCUUAUGUGAGGUUGACGCUGGAUUAUGAUACGUUUAAUGGUGCAAUCAAGACUGGAAUCAUCUUAAAAAGUUCAUGUUUCAGCCUUUUUGUCAUAUAAAUUAACUAGCAAGAGACAUCCUUGUUGGUUCUAGUCUUCUAGACAUCCCAACUUGUAAGAACAUUCUUCUGUCAGCUUCUGUAAUCAGUAAUAACAAUAUAUGAAUUCUUUUGUUGAAUAAAGAAAAAAAAUUGAACAA